AUGGAAGUCGAGGAGGUCUGUGCUUUCUUAUACCCUCUUAAGAGCCGAGUGUACGACAUCAAAACAUACCCCGUCCAGACACCCCAAGGCGCCACUGUCCUCAUCUACGGCCACGAAAAUGGCGUCGCUCUGAUUUGGCGUGGCGGUCGCAAACUCAAGCCAUCAAAGACAGCAGCAGAUGCGGCGCAAAAUGGGGGAAAGCCGGAAGACGCCGUUAUGAUCAUUGACUCGGACGACGAGAGUCCGGCCAUUCCAUCUACACCCUUCGUGGACAAGCCCGAGUUCGACGACACCGUUACUACCGAUGCUUCCUCGCUCGCCGACAUUGUCCAAACUCUCGACCUGGCGUUUGGCACAGCCGUCCAUCACAUCGCCGUAUUACCCAUGCCCACCUGCACCGUCGAAGACGCAGCCUGGAACGGAGCGCAAAUCCUGAAAGAGAACAUCGUCUUUGCGGUCACAUGCGCCAACGGCGACGUCUUUGUCGUAACACUACCGUUGACGCCUCCCUCAAACGAGAGCAAGGCGCGACCGGCACUGAAGAACAGCCUGCUCGCUGGAAAUGCGGGCAAGGGUGCUUGGGGGGAGACUCUCACAUUGCUAGCAGGCCAGAGCAAACCCUCGGAAGGAGUAGCCAUUACGCUCCUAGGGUCGGGGUCAUUACAGAACCGUAAGGGGUCGGUAACCCGUGCCAUUGUUGCAGCACACACGCGCGAGGCCAGCGGCACCCUGCGGUUCUGGGAUGUUCCCCUGGACGCAACGCCCGGCACCACCGCUCGUGUCGAGCCGUUCCAGACUGAGUACCUCCCGUCACCACUCGGCGGCAUCUCGUUCAACCCGCUGCACAUCACACAGCUUCUUGUUGUUGAUCCAGCGCAUGCGGUGCGAAUCUACGAUUACUCCAUCCCAUCCCUUCCUUCGGACGAUACCUCAGAGGGCCCAUUCCCUACCCAGGGCUCAUGGCUACCAUUCGCCCGCGGGACGGGUAUGUCCACGUCUCGCAAACCCGUCGUCGGCGCCGAGUGGAUGGCCCACGGCCGGGCGGUCCUCGUGCUGCUGGCCGAUGGUCAGUGGGGUAUCUGGGAUAUUGACAACGCCAAUCCGACCACUGCCUCCUCGGCCGCUAACUCUGGCCUCCCAAUCACCCAGUUCAGUGUCUCGGAGGGAACCGCCACCGGACCUCAGCCCCAGCGCAACAUUCCCACUACUACACAGAAAUCCGCACCCCUCAUUGUCCCCUCGGCGGUUUCCACCACAGCCAACGCGCCCGAAAAGCUCGCCACCAUUAAAGGCGGCGUCUACAUCUCUCAACUUCCCCUCCCUCGCAACGGCCUAGGCGAAGAGUCUGCGAUCCUGUGGCUCUCCAACACCGGCGCCGACCAUACUAACCCUAUCGUCUGCACCAUCCCCAUCCUCUCCCGCUUCUGGGACGCCCAGCUGAAGCGAACCGGAGGUAACCUUUGGAACAGCAGCAGCUCCCAACCGUCCGCGCGGAUGCUUCGCCUCACCGACCUCAACGCCGGCUUACUAGGCGAGCGCCUCACAGCCGCUACCGCCAUCCCCCGCUCCACGGGGUCCCUCACCGAGUCAACAGAAGGCAAGCAACUACCCAUCGAAACCCUUUUGCUAGGCGAAAGUAGGUUGGUAGUCAUCCACGAAAACGAAGAUGCGUUCGAUCAAGCCGCCGCAACAGCGACCGCUGGUGCCUCUUCGUCCACGGAACGCCGUCUGAUACCCCUACCUGCCCGUAAGAAAGCCAGGCUGGAUCUCACGAACGGCACCGCCAAAGCGAUCAUCGCCCACCCCAAGCCCGAACAACCCAGCUCCGUGGCAUUCAACCUCAGCUUGGCCCGCCCGGAGAAGGGGGAGAAACUGCUCAGACCCAAGGCGUUGGAGGCAGCUAAAUCCGUGAGCGCAAGCUUUGACGGCGCGGGAUCAACACAAGAUAUUGACGAGGAAGGGGUCGCUGAUACCCAGGAAACUGUGGCGUUAAGUGCCUUUGGAGGAGGAAAGAGUCAGAGCCAGGGCCGCGAUCCGGGCUUGUUGUUCAUCAAUGACCUUAACUUUGCCGCGGAUGUGGAGGAUGAUAAGUCGGAGGCGGAGGGCAGGGAUAUCGAGGCGGAGUUGAUGGAUAUCAUGGAGAUUGAUAGGGAGUUGGAGGAGUUGGAGAGCCAGAGGGAUAAGCAAGGGACUAAGAGGGUGUUUUUUGAGGAGGGCUGA